AUGGCACUCUCACGCGUUUACUCCUACAUAGAACGUCACUCUCUUGCUGAUUGUGUUUGUCCACGUGCCUGGUCAAGUGACUGUCCUUGCUGGCAAGUGAGGUGUCCUCCAAGUCAGCCGUACGGGUCACAACACUCGCAUUUGCACUCAGUUGUUGAUGAAUGGAUGCUAUUGUUGUCAGGAAAUGGUCUCACUGAUCUCAUCCUUCAUAACCUACCCAAUUACAAGGCUCCAUACAGAUUGCCUUCCUGUGUGUACGGUGUGGAACUAGAACGGUUAGACCUGUGGAACUGCAUUUUCAGGCCGCCAUGCAGUUUUAGGGGUUUCCACAAGCUCAAAAGGCUUAAGCUAAAGCAAGUGUCCUUUGAAUUAGACACUUCCCUCUGGAUGCCAAACCUUGAGCGACUGAAUUUUAUGCAAUGCAGCGGUCUUCGUCACUUAAAUAUAUAUGCACCUGAACUUUUACUUUUAACAUUCUAUGGCUGUGGCACUCAUAACGCCCUUAAACUGGGUCCCUUCAUGGACUGUGUGAAGCUGAAACUUUUUGCAAUUUCAUUCGAAGAAGAAGUUUCACAAAACAGACAAGAUAAAGCAGUGAAAUUGACAAAUCUUCUCAGCAGCUGGCCUAACAUUAGUUUUCUUCUUCUGGACCGGUACUUCCUCAAGGCUUUUGCUUCUGGUACUGAAGUGGAUAGGCUUCCCACGAGCCUCAGCAGAUUGAGAGUUGUCUAUCUUCACAAUUACAAUUUCGACAGUGAAAAUCAAAUAUCUCCCCGUGUAUGCAUCCUCAGAAGUUGCCCCAAUUUGAAGGAACUUAUAUUUCUUUUGGGCAAGAGAAAGAAAAGUGAGAUGAAAUUGGAUGUAAAUGUUCUUCAAGGACCAGGCUCAGGCUGCAAUAACCUUCAAAUUUUGCAAAUAAAAAAGUUGCAUGGUUCAACAACUGAUGUAAAUGUGCUUUGUAAAGUUUAUACUUGCCUUUGCCCCUUUACUCAGGAAGGCCAUCCUUUUGGUAGGACUAGGGACAAGUGUUGGUGA